AUGUCAAGCGGGGAGCAUCUAACAAAAUUAGAUGAUACUGCUAGUAAAGCCUUGAGCAAAGCACCUGUAAUUAGAUCAAUCAACCAAAUAGCUGAUGAUGCCAUUGCUUUUGAUCCCGAAGAAACUCUCCCUUUGAUUCAAAAAGGUCAGCCAAUCUUGCCUUUUAAGAUUCAUGAAUUGCAAUUCACUCGUCAAGGUACUCUUAUAAAACCAACUAAACGAACCUCCACUAUUCGAGUUACAAAACGAACCGUUUCUGGUACUACAACUAACCAGGUUGUGAUGUACAAGAAACCAGCAAGAACAUUGGAUACAUACGGUAAAGGUAUUGGUGAAGCAAGCUCUUGCGUAGGGACUGAUAAGCUGAUUGGUGAUUAUACUAUUGAUUCUGAAUUUUUAAUUGAUGAUUAUUUGGACGGUGUCAACAUCUUGAAAGAUGAUGCCUCGUUUGAACAGCAAUUAUCAAUUGGACAAUUAUCUUUUUAUCCAAAUUUUAACUUUGGUGCUGAAAAGAGUUUUGUUGUUGAGUUUCCCGUUGAUUCACAUGUAGCCCAGGGAGCUUUCAUUGUUAAUGAAGAUAACGCGAAAGAGAACAGCAAUAGAGGGUUGAAGAGGAAACUUGAAGAGGUGCUGCAAAGUAAACUUAAUGAUCUGGACAGUAUUAUGAGUUUAUCCAGUGAGCUAAGUGGAGCUGACUCUAAAACUGGGUUUCACCUUCUGAAAAGGGUCAGCAGAAGAAAAGAAUGGAUAAAGUAUAUUAAAGAGAAAACCUCUGAUAUUUAUGAUUAUUGGAAGAAGAAAAUGGUAAAUGUAGCUGUGAAUAAACCUAAUGCCAAUAAAGCCCAGAUCGUUCCGUUGUAUACUCACAAAAAUGCUAAUUUGUUGAAGAAUAAUACAAUAAGCCAAUGGGACUAUUUUAUUCCGAGGAGAGCGGCUACUGUUAGACAUCCUCCCCGUGUGUUAAGAUUUAGUGAACCAGUUGUAAAAGUUGAAACAAUGGUUGAGGAAAUUGAACCUCUGAUUAGGGCGUUGGCUGAAAAUGAAGAAGUUGUAGGGGCUUUGCUUUUCAUUACAAAAACAUUUGAAGAUAAAAAGGAAGAAUUGCAACAAACUCGAGAUGUUAAAAACGAAGAAACUGAAUCUGAAGAUUUAAGUUCAAGAGCUGAAGUUGAAAGUAAGUUUGAUGAUUCUGUGAAUGAUUGUCAAUCAUUUGUUAAUGAUUAUGUAGGUUCAUACAUAUUUAUAGAUGUUGAUUAAUUGUGUUGUUUUAUUCGGAAUAAUUA